AUGUAUGCACACUACAUCCUUGCCGCUCUCAUCAGUCUCAGCACCGGCGGGCUCCGUCAGUCUCUUGUUCUCAUUCCACUCGGGACCUGGUACAAUGCGCUCGGUGGCGCCGACACAGGUCUCAUGACCCGAAAUUUCGUCAAUGCGGCUGGAAUCUUGUCGUUUGCCUCCGGUGCCAUGGAGGUCAUAUUGGGAACAUCAUUGGAAAUGACAAGACCAUUGGUGGAAUGGUUCGGAAUUCUAGCAUUGGUCAUUAUGUUAACGGUACAGACUCAGGACUUUGCCGAUAUGGAGGGAGAUGCAAGCCGCAAUCGUAAAACUAUGCCUCUUGUAGUUGGAGAAGCACUGGCUCGUUGGUCAACGGCCAUUACGGUUGUAGUAUUCAGCGGGAUAUGUCCUACAUACUGGUGCUUAAAAUGGCACGGUUUCGUCGUCCCUAUAACACUUGGCUCGAUCGUUGCCAUCCGACUGCUGAGCUAUCGUACCAUUGAAGCGGACAAGAUGACCUGGCGCAUUUGGAACACGUGGAUGGUAGCUCUCUAUUCGUUGCCACUACUACGAGUUCUGAUCUCCAGCUGUCUAUAA